AUGCCAUGCUUCGGCUUUCGCGAGCGACUACUCCAGGCACCAGAGCGCAAAAUGGACCACAUUGAUACGGAGCUGUUGAGCAGAGUCUUGCAACGAGUCCUGUUCCAGCCAAUCGAAAGCGCCGGAGUUUGCUGGAAGACUGUACAGAAUGCUAUAGCGAACGCCAACUUGACACAUUUCGAGCUGGAUCGGAUCUAUGCCUCCGGCUGUCCUGUAUUGUCGCUCCUGUACUCGAAAUAUGCGGACCGAGAAGACGAAAUGGGCAUUUUCAUAGCCCCAAAAGCCGCGAUUACCUUUCUUGUUGGACGCAAAGACAGACUUCCAGCAUUUGGCAGCACUUCGUGGUACAUCGUUGACAUUGCUUGCUCAAACGCUGGGAAGAAGAAGAAGCCGCUGAGACUGAAGCUGAAGAUCGGCAUCCGACAUGAAGCUAUUCAGAAGUAUCUUGUGGAUGCCGCGUACGUGGAGAACCUGAGCAUAUUAUGCCAGACGCCGCAUCUCAUCCAUUCGGACUGCGUUAGGAAUGACUAG